AGCUAGCUAGUUAGUUAGUCUAGUUCUGGUGAGAAAGUUCUUGUUCAUCCAAAGUGAAGGUAGUGCACACAAUUUUUGGUUGCUCCAAACAAAAAAAGGAUUCCUCAAAUCACUCACUACUACCCUUUCUUGUCUUCUACGACCAUCUACCCAUCCAUCACCAUGACUUGCAUCGAGCAACACGAAGUGUGCACUCCUCCUCCCAUGCCUGAGCGAUGUGAACUUGGCAACCUCCACUACGGCGAUGACGAGAUCAACGACUGCGGAUGCGGCAGCCAUCGCUCGAGCUCCAUGACCGAAUUGGACGCUACCACCAACGACUUUUGGAACAUGACUUUGGACGACUUGGAUUCUCUGCCCACUUCUCCCAGCAUGCGUUCCUCCACUUCGGACUUGCCGGAUACCACUCCACGACGUGCCGCGGCAACUCGCCGCAACUCGGAUGGCAUGGUCAUGACGGGUUCUUGUUCUUUCGGCGCACUUCGUCGCAAGAAGAAGGUCUUGCCGUCUCGCAACGUCUCGUUUGGAUCGGUCGAAGUCCGUGAAUGCGAACGCGUCCUCGGUGACAACCCUUCCUGCCACGAUGGUCCUUCCCUCAGCAUUGGAUGGAAGUACGAAGCCAAGGCAGUUAUUGAUGUCGAGAUUUUUGAAAACAAGCGUCAAAAGGAACGACGCACGUACGACAAGCUCUGCUUGUCUCCCGAAAAGCGCGAGAAGAUUGCCAAGCGCAGUGGGUACACCAAGAAGGACAUUGAAGACAAUGUCAAGCAGAUGGCCAAGUACAACCGACGACGUGAACGCACUCGCAAGGAACUGGAAGUCGAUUCCUUUGCCGCCAAGUUACCCAAGUCUCAACGAGACAGUCUCGCCAAGUUUUUGCAAAAGCAGGGAACCAAGGCCGGAAAGGCAAGCACGGGCACCAGAAGCAGCCGCAGUCUCAGCCUUCGAAGUCUUUGAGGGGGUGACAGUCUGGCAUUUUGAUCCAUUUGUUUUUGCAUCCCAAUUUUCCCCUACCCAGCCAGCCAGAUUGUCUGCUUCCUGCUUCCCUCUCUUUCCUGCGCGGCCAACUUUUUCCAAAGUUUUCUCAUUUUUGAGUUCUACAUUUCCAUUACAUUUUUUUAAACAAAGCAUAGCUACAAUUUAACCUUGU